AUGCUAACCCGAAUGAGUUCCUCGUCAACAGUAGCGAGCUGCUUCCCUCUUGCAUAUGCUAUUGUUUCCUGCCAGAAGCCCAUCGAAGUCCCUGCAGAUAUCAUCCGAGCUGGUCUCCGUGCGAUCUCUGCACACGAGUGCGGCCAAUCGCGGCUAUUCAUAUUUCAUCUCCUUGAUGGAAGAGGUCUCUCCGCUCUUCAGCCUUGUUUUGCGGUCUUCGCCAGGACCGAAUCUACCAAAGCAACCUCUUCGGGGAACAUCUUGAAGACACUGGAAAAUCGGUUCGCCUUGCUAGAGGUGGAAGAGCCCGUGGAGCCCAAGACAGGCCCGGCACCGAAGGUUGGGCCACGCGUGUAUGAGCUACGAGCGCCAGCGGAGGAUAACAAGGGACUACCACUCGAAGCGGCAUGGACCGUUGGAUGGAGUACUAAAUCUUUGUAG